AUGGCCACACCGCGAGAUAAAUACCCUCAGAUCGCAAGAACUCUGGAAGGCAUCACUCGCAGAGCUAUCGAAGCCGUCAACAAUCGCCAGUGGGACUCUACAGCCGACCCCUGGAUCCACUUCGCAGAAGACCACAUCUACGACCUGCAAUGGCGGAACGAUCUCAUCUCCGCCAUGCGGGAACAAAAACGAUGCCGCCCGGAAUUAGAGCCUCUGGAGCCAACAGGGCAUCAGUUUGUCGACUUUGAGAAGACCAUUGCUCACGUAGCACCAGAGUUUCAUGUGUGCAUUGCCAAUGUUGAGAUGACGGUGGUGGAUCCGGACGCAGCGCAUGCUACGGUCAUGGUCGAGGCUGAGGAGACUGGGGUCCCUCCAGGGGUUACCAGGCCGUGCAUGGUGGCGCUGGACUUUAGCAAGCGGGAUGGGAACUGGCUCUGUACGAUGCUGCGGUCUGUUGCUGGCAUAGAUUCGACGUCUUGA